AUGACAUCGUUCUACGAUGAGGUUGAGAUCGAAGACUUGGAAUUCAAUGAAGAAACAAGAAUAUAUACAUAUCCAUGUCCAUGCGGUGACAAGUUCCAAAUAUCAGAGGAGGAUAUAUUCGAUGGAGAGGAUAUUGCAAGGUGUCCGAGCUGCUCACUUCUCAUAAGAGUCAUUUACGACCCAAGUGACUUUGAAAGGCCAGGAGAUGAAGGAGGAGAAACUAUAGAGAUCAAGCAGCCUAUUGCUGUUUGA